AUUUGCAAAGUCAUUCGGGAUUGCAAGGAACUUCACGUCCAACACACUAUCACGUUUUGUAUGACGAAAAUAACUUCACCCCUGACGGCCUUCAGGCAUUGUCUUAUAACUUGUGUUAUAUCUAUGCACGUUGCACUAAGGCUGUAUCUUUAGUUCCGCCCGUUUAUUAUGCGCAUAUCGUUUGCAGACGUGCAAGAUUCCAUUGCCGUGGAGAGCAGUGGAGCGAUACAGAAUCUAUGGAAGAAACUUCAGGGCAAGUAUCUGCUUUUGGUGUCGUAAAACCUGAAUUGGUUAGA